GGGGCGGGGACGCGGCGGCGGUAGUAGCGGCUCCGUGUCGCCGGAGCCGAAGCGCGCAGGCCCGUCCCGGCGACCGGGGGGCGGGCGGGGCGGGGGCGUCAUGUGGUUCAUGUACGUGCUGAGCUGGCUGUCGCUCUUCAUCCAGGUGGCCUUCAUCACGCUGGCCGUCGCGGCUGGACUCUACUACCUGGCAGAACUGAUAGAAGAAUACACAGUGGCCACCAGCAGAAUCAUAAAGUACAUGAUCUGGUUCUCCACGGCUGUGCUGAUUGGCCUCUACGUCUUUGAGCGCUUCCCCACCAGCAUGAUUGGCGUGGGCCUCUUCACCAACCUUGUCUACUUUGGCCUCCUCCAGACAUUCCCUUUCAUCAUGCUGACCUCGCCUAACUUCAUUCUGUCAUGUGGACUAGUGGUGGUGAAUCAUUACCUAGCAUUUCAGUUUUUUGCAGAAGAGUAUUAUCCUUUCUCAGAGGUCCUGGCCUAUUUUACUUUCUGCCUGUGGAUAAUCCCAUUUGCAUUCUUUGUGUCACUUUCGGCUGGGGAGAAUGUCCUGCCCUCUACCAUGCAACCAGGAGAUGACGUGGUCUCCAAUUACUUCACCAAAGGCAAGCGGGGCAAACGCUUAGGGAUCCUGGUUGUCUUCUCCUUCAUCAAAGAAGCCAUUCUACCCAGCCGUCAGAAGAUAUACUGAUCCCUUUGGGGAAAGCAUGUGGGCAAGAUCAGGAGAGUUGGGUCCCCUGGACCUCUGUUCUAGUAGGGGCUGGGAGCCUAGAGGGUACCCAGUGCCAGCCUGGGCUUCCCUCCCCUUAGUUUUGAAGCCCCAUCCCAACCCUCCUUGGGGCUCGACUUGGCUCAGAUCCGAUGCUGCCAGGGGCUGUAACCUCACAGGGCACCAGGGAGGGUGGCAGAGCCUGUUUAGCCAGAAGGCUGUGUCCCCAGUCUUCCCUUCCCCCUGCCAACAUGGGCAGGCAGGGCAGGGUCUGUGAAGCUGGAGAAUAGCCAGUGACAAGUUCUCUGAGCAGAUGGCUGCAGGGACGGCCAUGGCAUGGCACUUCCAAGAGAAAUGGUAUUUGCUGUUGAACUGUGAUUUUUGUCCAAUUGCUGAUUCCCAUUUGAAUAAAGAUUCUAGGUGGCAUUGUUUGCCUUAAUAUCCCAAAAGUUCAUCUUCCUUUCUUCCUGCCAACCUUCUGCCUGGACUGGACAAGUUUCCUGCUGUAGGGACUCCUCUUCUGGGUCUAGGCUUAUCUUUCUGAAGGGACUGUUCUUGUGGUCCUUAGUGAAAAGGUAGCAGAGAUGAGCUGCAGAGCCUGGGUAGGGAGUGGAGGGUGGAGGAUGAAGGCAGCCUGUCUUAUGCAUCUCCCUCUUCUAGCUCUUCUUUUCUCAAGGGUCUGCUAUUGUGAAGCUGGAGGUAGGAAACAGUUGAGGACUGGGAUAGCUUUUCAGAACAUCUACAGUAUCCUAUUUAUAAGUCUUCUUCUGAGGAAAAGGAGUGGUUUCUGGCUAAAUUCUGUCUCAGGCUCAAAGAAAAAUAAAAAUUGGCUUUCAGGCAGCCUGGACUAUAGCCUGUUAUUUAAGAAUUGGGGUUGUUGGGAGAGGCUGUUUGUCACUCUAGGAGCACCCGAGGUUUGGCACUCUCCCGGCUCCUGGGGAGAUGAUCUCUGCCUUCUGAGAAGGCAGGCCAUGUCUUGGACACAGACCAGCAUUUGUUGACCUUGCACUCCAACUACAGUGCCUUGCAAGUGCUCAACAAUACAUAUGGGAAUGAAGUCCCCAUGAGAGCCAUCACUGGCCAUAUCAUAUACCUCACAGCGAGGCAGGCAGGUGAAGAGACGAACUGUGUAUGUGUGGCUCCUUUAAGCCACUGGGAAGACCCCUGUCUUCUUUGUUAUCAUGCCUGAAGUCCCACUGUAGUGGUUUCCCCAUUUCUGUUUCUUAAAAACACCAGCCUUCCCCUUUACCCGAGAAGACUAGCACAUUUUGAUCUUCUGAUGUGCAAGAGAUUGCCAGACCCUUUUCUGCUAUGUAGGUAAGGCAGAGGACACAAGGCUUGGUGUCCUCCUCCUCACCCUGAUGGUGUGGCUUCACCCCUCUUCACUCUUGCCAGUCAGUGCUCUCCUAGGCCAGGGGCCUUCAUGAGCUAAUCCAGUGGAAUCUUCAUACUUUAAUUGAAUCUCAGUGGCAGGUGAUGUGGCUUAUUACCCCAUGCUUUUUGAAAGACACUUCCCUAGCACUUCUGUAGCUUGGUGUCCCUCUACUUCUCUGGCUGCCCUCACGGUCUCCUGUGCAGGCUUCUUUGCUCACCACAUGCACAUUGGGGCCUCUCAAGGUUCUGUUAUAGGGUCCCUGGGGAAGCCCAUCCAUGCUGAUGGCUUCAGGAGCUCUACCAAGGAAUGAAGUGUUAACCUCCAGCCCCAGCAUCUUUCAUCUUCUGAAUCACAGCCUUCUGGGUACACAGACAACUCAAGUCCAUGGACCAGAUGGCACCUUUACUCUCCUUCACAAAACUGCUCCUUUUGAGUAUCUGCCACAGCCCCAAAAUCAUUCAGGAGCCAGACAAACUUUCUAUUCCUUUUUUUGUGUCCUCCACAUCCAAUCUCUAAAUAACUGUCAAGUCUGUCUGCUUAAUAUCUCUUGGUUUGAGCCACUCCCACUACCAACUUUCCCCUGGUUUAUUGUGACAGCCUUCUGUGCUUCUUUAUCUGAUAGGCAGCUGGAGUUGUCUUUCUAAAAUGCACAGUUGACCAAGUCACUCCCUGGUCUAAAACCUUGCACGGCUCCCCACUGCCCUCAGGAUAAAGUCCAGACCCCUUAGCAUGGCUUGUGAGACUCUUUGUCCUGGUCCCUGCUUGCCUAUCUGGCCUCAUCACUUGCCUUCUUGCUCUCAGUCCCAGCCUCCUGUAUGCAGAGAUGCCAUGGCUCCUUUGCCACUUGGAUUUCCCUUUCUUCUACUCACCUUGUACUUCCUCUGUCAAGUCUUGACUUAGAUUUUACUUCCAAGGACUAUCCUUUGAAUAUCCCCCCUUCUCCCCCAUCCUCAACUCAGAUCACUCUGGGCUUACUUGCCUAGUUUAUGGUCUGUCUCCCUACUAGACUGUAAGCUCCUUGGGGGCAGUGACUGUCCUUGAAUUUUUGUAUCAAUGGUGUCUACUUUGGCACCUGGCACAUGGAAAGUUCUCAAUAAAUGAUUGUUUAAUGAAUGACCAGUGAUGCGUACAAGGAAUUGCAGGGGAUCCAGGAUGGCUUCCUGGAGGAAGUGCAAGUGCUCUUGGAGUCUCCUGCCAAAGCUAUAGAUUCUCUCUCUUCCUAAAUGUGCUGCCUGGGUCUCCUUGAAGUGCAGACACCUCAGUGGCAGCUGGGAGCAAGGGAUGGCCCUGCUGGAGUAACACAUCAGUUGGCCUUUACCUAGUCUGGAUCUGCAGGUGAAGAGUGAGGCCUUAAACCCAGAGCAGGAAGGAUUUAACCUGAAC